GGGGGCGGGCACAUCUCAAACAGAUUGGUUUCUGGAACUGGAAAUCAAUCUUCUCAAGCUGCGAAAACGAAUUGCUAACUAGCGGAAGGUAAUAAAAGCUUGGUUGAUAGUGUUUAAGACUUGAAGCCCUCGAAUCGUUGAAAUCUCAUCUCAGCCUUUUACAGAAUAAGUGGAUAAGAGGUUCUCCGGCAUGACUACCACAGUGUCCCUCCAGCUCUCCAAAUUCCCUCCUCCUUCCCCGUUACCUCCAUCUUUUCCGGCAACCCAUUCAGCCUUCUUUCGUCGGGCUCCAUCUGGGCACGCCGGAUGGGCGAAAGGUUUGGUAGCGAAUGGCAGUGGCCGGAGGUGGAGAAACGCUGGGCCGUUGUUAGUCGGCCGAGAAGAUAUUGAAUUGCGAGUUCCAGAAGCAGAAGAAGGUGAUGGUGACGAAGACUAUGAAGACGACGACGAUGAUGAAGAAGAAGAAGAUGUGCCGCCAUCCCCUCAGGACGUCGAAUACAUUCAAGAAAUUAAAAGGGUAUUGGAGCUGCUGAAGAAGAACCGAGAUAUGAUUUUCAAUGAGGUUAAGCUGACGAUAAUGAUCGAGGAUCCACGAGAAGUGGAGAGAAGGAAGAUGUUCGGCAUUGAUGAUCCUGACGCCCCUACCAGGGAAGAACUUGCUGAAGCUCUAGAAAUGGUCAAUGAGGGCAAGGUUCCCAGAAACCGCUUGGCACUCCGAAUGCUAGCAGAUGAAAUGACGAACUGGCCUAACUUAGAGGUGGAGGUAUCAAAGAAGAGCAAGCCAACCAAAUCAUUGUACGCGAGGGUCACCGACACAGGUAUAGAUCUUAAAGAGGCUGCGAAGAGACUGAAAACUGACUGGGAUUCAGCCGCCGAGAUUGAAGAUUCUGAAAACAGUGAUGACUCAGAAGUACCUUCAGCUGUGGGCUAUGGAGCUCUAUAUUUGGUCACAGCAUUCCCUGUCAUCAUCGGUGUUUCAGUGGUACUGAUCCUAUUUUAUAAUUCUCUGCAGUAAGCAAUAGAUUCUCUUAAUCUUCCUCAUAACUACAUUUUGUAUCUACCUUCUACAUUUCUGUAUAUUAAUACUAUUCAUGGAAAAGUCAAUGGCUUAUAUGCAACCCUCAUCUCUCUGUCUUCCCCACCAUAUACUUUAUUCAUUACCCUGCUCGUGGGUGGUGUGCCUCUAACAAUCUGUAAACAUGUAAAUCACAACUUGCUGCUCAGCUCAGGCAGACAUGGCGCCCACGUCUUGUAAAGU